AAUUAUCACUUAACAUUACAGUACUUGCUUUAAAAAUGUGCAUAAUAAACGCAACAAUAUGUAACAAUACAUCUACAAUAAAAAUUUCUAUGUAAAAUAUCUUAUGUAUACAUAAGGAUAUCAAUUAUGUAUUAAUACUCGAAUAUGAUUGGUCAAAGAGGUGGACCGGAAGGGGGCUCCACCCCUUUACCCUUCGUGACGAGGGUAUAUAAACGCCGAUUUUUCUACCAGAUUGUUAAUCGUGUUUUUGCAUUGAUAAAAGCAAAAUGGAGUUCUUCAGGAAUUUUCUAGAUUCUAUUGGGGUGCUGGAACCUGUUAAGGUAGAUUUUAUUUCUCAACUUCCUUUGGAAGUAUCGCAAUUAAUUCUUCGCGAUUUAGAUCCAGAAUCUCUCCUGUGUGUCGCACAAGUAUUUCGAAGAUGGUUGCGAAUUUGUGAGUCUGACAAAAUUUUGAAACAGACUGCGAGGCGCCAUAAAAGAGAAACGAGCAGAAUGAGGAAACAAAUUUUUGGAGAAGAUUCAAGAAAUGAAUCGUUAAGACGGAAAUUGAGGAAAGAUAGAAACGUAGCAUCCACCAGAUUCGAAGCAGCUGUUGUGUUUGGUAAAGUUGCUCCAAGGAUACCACAAUCAAGAAAUGUAAAAAAAAGUAAUUCCUUAGUUAUAAGAACUCAAAAAUGUAUUAGAAUGUAGUGUAAUAGAAUAAUAGUUGAUUUAUAUUGUUAUAUUGUAUUUAAUUA